CCGCGGACACAGCCAUGGACCUCUUCUUCAUUGUGUCGGUCGUCAUCAAGGUGCUCAAGCUGGCGCUGAACAUCGUGGCGCUGAUCCUGUACCGCUCGGGCAACAAUGGCGACUUCCUGGGCGUGGGCGGCAGCUGGAACAUCAACGACGAGAAGGACCCUGACGCCGAAAUGGUCGCCUCUGGGGUGAUGGUGGGCUUCUUCAUCUACACAUUCUCCGCGCUCGUCGCCAGCUGCCUCGGCCAGAGAAGGACGCUCACGGACGCGCUGCUCAACUUCGCGGGCACGUUCCUGUGGGUGGCGGUGGGCGCGACGGCGCUGCACUACUGGGUGCGCUACCAGAGCGAGUACCAGUACCAGUUCCUGGAGGUCAGCGCCGAGAAGAAGGUGGGGAUCGCCCUGGGCGCGCUCUGCGUCUUCAACGGCGUCGGCUACCUGCUCGACACCGGCGUCGAGUCCUACGUCUACUUCAAGGAGAUGUAGCUGCUCCAGAGAGUCUAACCAAAGCCUCCCAGGCAGUCCACUGUGCACAAAUAGGGAAUAAGUGUGUCAACGCGACUACUUACUGACUGCUAACAAGCAUACUGUGUCAGACAAAUGCAGGCAACACUGUUGCUCUUUCUCUAACACGUGUGUGUGUGUGUGUGUGUGUGUGUGUGUGUGUGUGUGUGUGUGUGUGUCCAGACAUUUCAUUUCAUUAGCAAUAGAUUAGGAACAUAUUAAAUGCAACAAAUUCCAGUGGUUGGAGAGUUUGUACAGUUCAACAUACAAUUCAUUAGUGUAGUAUGUGUUAGAAAACACGUAGCUCAUAAACACACAGUGAAACUGGUAGAGUAACAAGCGCUGUGACAUGUGAGAAACAAUA